AUGAACAGAAGUACACCUGGCUAUGACAAAUUCAGUUUCGAAGACAUCGAUGUGAGCGCAGACGGCGCCUUCGUCCUGAGGAUUCUCAUCUCCGUGGUUUACUCUGUGGUGUGCGCAGUCGGUUUAGUUGGGAAUCUGCUCGUCCUUUUCCUCAUGAGGUUAAGACAGGGACGAAAGAAGUCCAGUAUCAACUUCUUCAUCAUUAACUUGGCGCUGACGGACUUCCAGUUCGUGCUCACUCUCCCCUUUUGGGCAGUAGACACCGCGCUCGACUUCAGCUGGCCGUUUGGAGACGCCAUGUGCAAAAUCAUCCUCUCUGUCACCGUGAUGAACAUGUACGCGAGUGUGUUUUUCCUCACUGCAAUGAGUGUGACCCGAUACUGGUCGGUUUCCUCUGCCCUGAAGAAGAAAACCUACAGGAGAUCCCGGUGUGUAAAGUGGGUGUGCGUGGUGCUGUGGGUGGCAGCGACGGUGGCCACAGCUCCAACAACCAUCUUCUCCACGGUGACAGUGGUGGCGGGGGAGAAACUCUGCCUGCUUAGGUUUCCUGAGGGGCACGACUGGCUCGCGCUCUACCACAUCCAGAAGAUACUUGUUGCCUUCAUCAUCCCGAUGUUCAUAGUCUCCGUGAACUACCUGAUGCUCCUGCGCUUUGUGAGGCGGAGGAGCAUGGACAGCAGCAACCCGAGACGGAGAAGCAGAAUCACCAAAUCUGUCGCUAUCGUGGUUUUGUCUUUCUUCUUCUGCUGGAUGCCAAAUCAUGCCAUCACAUUCUGGGGUGUGUUGGUCAAGUUUAACGCCGUGAACUGGGAUAAAUCUUACUAUAUGGUGCACACCUAUGUGUUUCCGGUCACCGUGUGUUUGGCGCACGCGAACAGCUGCUUGAAUCCGGUGCUUUACUGCCUGAUGAGGCCAGAGAUCAGGAAGAUGCUCAGCAGUGUGGUUUUCAGAGUCUCCACUCCACCCCACAAGAAGGGCUGCGCCACGCGCUCUUUUACGCAGGGAGACACUCAGGGAGUCGUGCCUCUCCACAUUAUGAACAAUGGAGAGUCCAAGCUGUCUUACGCGGAUCCUAAAGAGCUAUCAGGGUCCAACAUGAUCCCAUUCACACAAUAA